CUCCCAGUGCAGGUGUGGCCAGCGGAGGCCAAGAACUGCGUGGAACAACCCCAAGCGGGGGAAAACACACGCCAGCCGCCCCCCGGGUCAGGAGCUGGGGCAAGCAGCGGCGCCUCACCCAGCCUCCCGCUCCAGCUCUCCGGGCCAGCCCCCUUCUCUCCGCGGCUCCUCCGCAGACACCGGGCGGGGAAGAAGGAGGGGCGGAGACCUGGCCGGCGCGCGUCUGAUGAUCCCGACCCCGGUGCGACUGGAGCGCCUCAGUCACUGUCUCCCCGCCCCACGGUUCCGAGUAAGGACCGGAGCUCCACUCCGGGGGUGGAGCGCGGGCUCCCCGCAGGGAAAGGUGCGCAGCGUUCCCGACCCCAAAACGAGCGGCGCUUGGGAGGGUGCGUGCCUCCCCGAGAGCCCCGGGCGCCACCCGUGGGCUGGACGAGGUGGGCGCUGCGGCGUGGGGCCGGCGGCGCAGAGAAGCCACGGCCACCUGCCGCCUCCCCUGCACCUGGCGGAGCAUCCCUCACUCUACAGUCCCUGGAGGCGGCGCCGGAAACCUGGCGGCCGGGACCGCGAUUCUGGAAGCCCCGGCGCUCGCCCGGCCGGAGGAGCCGGGGCGCGGUUCCGGCGAGAUUGGCGACUUGCUUCCUUUUGCAGAACGGCCGCUCCUCUCUCGGUCCAGCUGCGACGCUGGGAAAGCGCCAGACUUGGUCUGUCACGGGAGCCCCCGCGGGGCGUGGCGAGGGAGAGCUGGCCUAGGCUGCGAGGGACUCUCGUUUCUUGCCUGGAGAGCCAGGAAGAGGGCGAGGGCAGAGCAUCCUUGGGCGGAGAUGCCUUUAAAAAAUCAUCCACCGCAGCGGUAGAAACAGUUUUGUUUGGCUUUAUUUAUACGGAAUGGUUUUUCAGUGAAAUGCUGUCUUGCUUAAAAGAAGAGAUGCCUCCCCAGGAGCUCACCCGGCGACUGGCCACAGUGAUCACUCAUGUCGAUGAAAUUAUGCAGCAGGAAGUCAGGCCCCUGAUGGCGGUGGAGAUAAUAGAACAACUUCACAGACAAUUUGCCAUUCUUUCAGGAGGCCGAGGGGAGGAUGGCGCCCCCAUCAUCACGUUCCCAGAGUUUUCGGGGUUCAAACACAUCCCAGAUGAAGACUUCCUGAAUGUCAUGACCUACCUGACUAGCAUCCCCAGUGUGGAGGCUGCCAGCAUUGGAUUCGUUGUUGUUAUCGACAGACGAAGAGACAAGUGGAGCUCCGUAAAGGCAUCCUUGACACGAAUAGCUGUGGCAUUUCCAGGAAACUUACAGCUCAUAUUCAUCCUUCGUCCAUCUCGCUUUAUCCAGAGGACAUUCACUGACAUUGGCAUUAAAUACUAUCGAAAUGAGUUUAAAACGAAAGUGCCGAUCAUCAUGGUAAACUCUGUCUCUGACCUUCAUGGCUACAUCGACAAAAGCCAACUGACCCGGGAAUUAGGGGGGACUUUGGAAUAUCGCCACGGUCAGUGGGUAAAUCACCGCACUGCCAUCGAAAACUUUGCCUUGACCUUGAAGACCACUGCCCAGAUGCUGCAGACGUUUGGGUCCUGCCUGGCCACAGCAGAGCUGCCCAGAAGCAUGCUAUCCACGGAAGACCUUCUCAUGUCCCACACAAGGCAGCGGGACAAGCUGCAGGAUGAGCUGAAAUUACUUGGAAAGCAGGGGACCACAUUGCUGUCAUGCAUCCAAGAACCAGCAACCAAAUAUCCCAACAGCAAACUCAAUCUCAACCAACUUGAGAAUGUAACUACCAUGGAAAGGUUAUUAGUUCAACUGGAUGAAACAGAAAAAGCCUUUAGUCAGUUUUGGUCUGAGCAUCAUCUGAAGCUUAACCAGUGCCUACAACUACAGCAUUUUGAGCACGAUUUUUGUAAGGCUAAGCUUGCCCUGGAUAAUUUGCUGGAAGAGCAAGCAGAGUUUACAGGCAUUGGAGACAGCGUGAUGCACGUGGAGCAGCUUCUUAAGGAACACAAAAAACUGGAGGAAAAAAGCCAGGAGCCCCUGGAAAAGGCCCAGCUGCUGGCACUGGUUGGGGACCAGCUCAUCCAAAGCCACCAUUAUGCAGCAGAUGCCAUCAGGCCCCGGUGUGUGGAGCUCAGGCACCUCUGUGACGAUUUCAUCAAUGGAAACAAGAAAAAAUGGGACAUUUUAGGAAAGUCCUUAGAGUUUCAUAGACAGCUGGACAAGGUCAGCCAAUGGUGUGAGGCAGGAAUCUACCUCUUGGCUUCCCAAGCUGUAGACAAGUGCCAGUCUCGAGAAGGGGUUGACAUCGCCUUGAACGACAUUGCGACAUUCCUGGGCACAGUCAAGGAGUACCCGUUGCUCAGCCCCAAGGAGUUUUACAACGAGUUUGAGUUGCUGCUCACCCUCGAUGCAAAGGCCAAAGCCCAGAAAGUUUUGCAGAGGCUGGAUGAUGUCCAGGAAAUAUUUCACAAGAGGCAAGUGAGUCUGAUGAAACUGGCAGCCAAACAGACUCGUCCAGUGCAACCUGUGGCCCCACAUCCUGAGUCUUCACCAAAAUGGGUGUCAUCAAAAACCAGCCAGCCCUCCACCUCGGUCCCUCUAGCUCGUCCUCUGAGAACGUCUGAGGAACCUUAUACGGAGACAGAGUUGAACUCCCGGGGAAAGGAAGAUGAUGAGACUAAAUUUGAAGUCAAGAAUGAAGAAAUCUUUGAAAGCCAUCAUGAAAGGGGGAACCCUGAGCUGGAGCAGCAGGCCAGGCUCGGAGACCUUUCCCCCCGCAGGCGCAUUAUACGUGACUUGCUUGAGACUGAAGAGAUUUACAUAAAAGAGAUUAAAAGCAUAAUUGAUGGAUACAUCACUCCAAUGGAUUUUAUUUGGCUAAAGCAUCUAAUUCCAGAUGUUCUUCAGAAUAACAAGGACUUUCUCUUUGGGAAUAUUAGAGAACUUUACGAAUUUCACAACAGGACUUUUCUAAAAGAGUUGGAAAAGUGUGCUGAGAACCCUGAACUUCUGGCACAUUGCUUUCUCAAGAGAAAAGAAGAUCUUCAGAUAUAUUUUAAAUACCAUAAGAAUCUGCCCCGAGCUAGGGCAAUCUGGCAAGAGUGUCAAGACUGCGCCUACUUUGGGGUAUGCCAGCGCCAACUGGAUCACAAUCUCCCUCUUUUUAAGUAUCUUAAAGGACCAAGCCAGAGACUUAUAAAAUACCAGAUGCUGUUGAAGGGUCUGCUGGAUUUCGAGUCUCCUGAAGAUAUGGAGAUAGACCCAGGUGAACUAGGAGGCUCGGCUAAGGAUGGGCCAAAGAGAACCAAAGAUUCAGCAUUCUCAACUGAACUACAACAAGCUUUGGCAGUGAUAGAGGAUUUGAUCAAGUCCUGUGAGUUGGCUGUGGACCUAGCAGCAGUGACUGAAUGUCCGGACGAUAUUGGAAAACUAGGCAAGCUGUUGCUGCACGGCCCUUUCAGUGUCUGGACAAUUCACAAGGAUCGUUAUAAAAUGAAGGAUUUGAUUCGAUUUAAACCCAGCCAGAGGCAAAUCUACCUAUUUGAAAGGGGAAUAGUGUUCUGUAAGAUACGAAUGGAGCCUGGGGACCAGGGAUUGUCUCCUCAUUACAGCUUCAAGAAGGCCAUGAAGCUGAUGACACUUUCAAUUCGCCAGCUUGGAAGGGGGAGUCAUAGAAAGUUUGAGAUUGCCAGUCGAAAUGGACUUGAGAAAUACAUCCUGCAGGCAGCUUCAAAAGAAACCAGAGACUGUUGGUUUUCAGAAAUAAGUAAAUUAUUGAUGGAACAACAAAAUAAUAUCAAAGACCAAGGAAAUCCACAGUUUGAAAUGAGCACGAGCAAAGGCAAUGGAGCAGGAUGCGGACCAUGGAUUAAAAAUAUGGAAAGAGCUACCACUAGCAAGGAAGACCCAGCCUCCAGCACAGGAGGGAUUAAAGGCUGCUCCAGCAGGGAGUUUAGCUCCAUGGACACCUUUGAAGACUGUGAAGGCGCAGAAGACAUGGAAGAGGAGAGCAGCGCUCUGAGUCUCGCCGGCCUUUUCCAGUCGGACGACAGUCACGAAACCUGUUCCUCCAAAUCUGCUUUCCUGGAGAGGGGAGAAAGCACCCAGGGAGAAAAAGAAGAACGCGAUGAGGAGGAAACGGCGACCCGCAGCACGGAGGAGGAGCGCGCUGGGGCGUCCACGGGCGGGCUGGCUCCUGCGGGGGCGACGGCUGGUUUCCAGGCGAGGGCGCUGCGCCCGAGGACCUCCGCCCAGGAGAGCUGACCUCCCUGCGGACGCCCCCGCUCCUCGGCUCCAGAGCGCCCGCAUUCCCGGGAGAGGCGGUGUGGGAGCCCGGGCCCUGCCCAGCUACGCAGAAAGCAGCCGGAGCCUCGGCGGCGGCAGAAAGGGGACAACCAGGGCCUCCUCCCAGGAGCCCGAGGGGUGCCCUGGGUGCGCGCCUAGCUCCGCACGGGGGACCUCGGAGCUGCUCUAAGGCGCCUGCAGAGGCGAGCAGAGCCCGCAGCCCACGCCUUCUCAACCGCGCACUUCGACGUUCGGAGCCGGGCAGUUCUUUGCUGUGUGGGCUUCUCUGUGCUCCCACGGUAGGAUGUUUAGCAGCAUCCCUGGCCUCUACCCACUAGGUGCCAGGAAUGCGCCACCCCAUCCUCCACCCCACCCCCAAAUUGUGACAAUCAAAAAUGCCUGCAGACACGCCCACAUUUCUCCAGGGCGGGGUGGGAAUCGGUUGAGAGCCGCUUAGCCCGAGCCUUGGAGGAGCCGGAGCCGCUCAAACCCGGCGGGGGCCGCAGACUGGGAGCUCCCGGUCCGCCUCCCAGAAUCCCUGCGAGCGUUCAUGGGGUGUUCGUGUUAGUGCCGAGAUUGCUUCGUUGUAGAGAGAGUUCGUUCCAAGUUACUUUCUGAGGUAUUUUAUGUAUCGAUUGAUUAGUUUUUAAAUGAGUUUUGUUAUUUUCAGUUGUAUUUUUAGUUUUAUUAGUUGAUUUUCAUUUCUUUGUAGCUUUCUAGUUAUUUAAUUUUAUAGUUUCAGUUACUGGUUUAUAGUUAUUUUCAAAGUUAUAUAGUUGUUGAGUUGUUCAUUUUCAGUUAUUUAUAUGUAGUUGUUUUGUUUUAGGAGUUAUAGAUGUUCAAAUUAAUUUGCUUGGAAUUUAUUUAUUUAUUUAUUUAUUGAGACGGAGUCUUGCUCUGCCGCCCAGGCUGGAGUGCACUGGUGUGAUCUCAGCUCACUGCAAGCUCCGCCUCCCGGGUUCACGCCAUUCUCCUGCCUCAGCCUCCUGAGUAGCUGGGACUACAGGCGCCCGCCACCACGCCCGGCUAAUUUUUUAUUUGUAUUUUUAGUAGAGACGGGGUUUCACCGUGUUAGCCAGGAUGGUCUCCAUCUCCUGACCUCGUGAUCCGCCCGCCUCGGCCUCCCAAAGUGCUGGGAUUACAGGCGUGAGCCACCGCGCCCAGCCGGAAUUUAUUUUUAAUUAUCUUUACAAUUAUUAUCUGAGUUAUUUACCUUCAUAGUUAUUUCACUUUAUCUUAUUGAAGUUUUUGAGUUAUUUAUCUUUAUAGUAACUUAUUUGACUAUUAAAAACUCACUGGAAGUUGAUGAACUACUGUCAACUUAUUUAUUUUCAGAGUGAAAUGUUUUAAUGAAGGGUUUCCCCUAGUUAUCUGGUUUUCGAGUUGCUUAUGUUCACAGGUAUUUAUUUUCAGUUAUUUUAUAUUUGAGUUGUUUAUUUUUAUGUUCUUUUUUUCAAGUUACUUGGUUUUUAGUUAUUUCAUUUUCAGCAUUACUUCAUAUUUGAACAUUAUAUUUUCUGAAUUUUUAAAGAGUUUUUGAGGUAUUUAGUUUUUGAGCUAUUUUCAGAGUUAUUUAUUCUCAGUUAUUUCUUUUCAGCUUUGUAUUUGCCAUUCAAAUUUUUUUUCUGUUCUUUAUUUAAUUUUCAGAUUUUUUUUUCUUUUUUUUUUUUUUUUUUUUGGAGAUGGAGUUUUGCUCUUGUCACCCAGGCUGGAGUGAAGUGCCGCAAUCUUGGCUCACUGCAACCUCCGCCUCCCGGGUUCAAGCAAUUCUCCUACCUCAGCCUCCCAAGUAGUUGGGAUUACAGGCACCUGCCACCAUGCCCAGCUAAUUUGUUGUUGUUGUUGUUGUUGAGACGGAGUUUCUCUCUGUCACCCAGGCUGGAGUGCAGUGGUGCAAUCUCGGCUCACUGCAAGCUCCACCUCCCGGGUUCACGCCAUUCUCCUGUCUCAGCCUCCUGAAUAGCUGGGACUACAGGCAUCUGCCACCACACCCGGCUAAUUUUGUUUGGUAUUUUUUUUUUUUUUUUAGUAAAGAUGAGGUUUCACCAUGUUAGCCAGGAUGGUCUGGAUCUCCUGACCGGGUUUUGCCAUGUUUGCCAGGCUGGUCUCCAACUCCUGACCUCAGGUGAUCCAUUCGCGUUGGCCUCCCAAAGUGCUGGGAUUACAGGUGUGAGCCACCGCACCCGGCCCUCAGAAUUAUUUAGAGUUAGAAUUCUUAGUCUACUAGUCAAGUUUCAAUCAAGAGACACUGUAUCAGUUAUUUCAAGAGAGAAUUUAAUAUAAAUAAUUGUUAUCCAGCUAGUAGAGAUUUAAAAAAAAGUAGUGAUAAUGAGAUAUCAUGAAGAUUUUGACUGCAAGCUCCCAGCCCAAGGACUCAUACAACAAAGAAAAGAGGUUGAAAAUAUCAAAACUCAGAAAUAUGAAGGUGGCCCUAGGGCUGGGGGUUAGUCCUCUGAGGAGGAGGCACCAUCAAUGGUACACGUGGCCCAAGGGCUCAGAGCUCAAGGUCCAGGAGCUGGACGCAGAAUUCUGGAGAGGGGACAUGGCCAGCCCGUGCUGCUGUCUCUGAAUGGGCAUCAUCAGGCUGGUUAUAGGAGUGCUAGGAAAAUGGCAAGCUGGAACCAACUCCCGCUACUGGAACCAGCUGUCACUCUCAGGGUGGAGACAGGAUGCUGACAGUGGGGGUGGGGUGGGGUGCACACAGGAAGGAGCCCGUGGUGGCCCUGCACCCCAGAGCUGGGAAGGGUGGGCUGGAAGCUUAAUUACCUGCACACUCAGCUUUAGAGUUACAUAGAGUUAUGUUAGGAUUCCAUUAGUUUUGGAAUUGUCAGGGGUGAUUUGAUUUCACAUUUUCAUGGGAUAUGGGAUUGGGAUGAGUCUUCAGUCUCCUGGUUUGUUUCUGGAAUAGAGUGGGCCACACCUCCCAGGAGUCUCCCCCAGGGGACUCAAGACAAUCACUUUAGAAUUCAAGAAAACAAAAAUAGUGUGUCUCACUUUGUUCAUAAAGAAGCCCUUUGACAACGUGGCCAAAAAGGGGCAGAGCCUAAGGGACAGACUCUUAGAAAGAUGCCCUUGGAACAGGGUCCCGCAGAGUGUUCCUCUCAAAUUCUUUAGAACUUUACGCUGUUUUGUGGGGCCACCCUCUCCCACGCCCUUUCCUAACAACACAGUGUCUUUCUUGAUAGAGUGUGUUUCAAAUUUGUAGACUGUUUGCACAAUAAAAUAAAGUUCCUCCCAAAUCAAGAA